CUAACCGUCCAUUGAUUGAGUUUCCUGUUGGAACGUGCGCUGACAAACUUCCGUGAUGAGUGAAAUACAAAUGUCCCCGAGUGUUUCUUCGAUUGGAUGUCUUCCCUCCGAGGCGUCUCUCUGAACAACUGCUGCCCGGCCGGGCUAUAGGAAAAUGAGUCUACGAGAGAUCAGUGAGAACGUAAAGCUGGCCCGGGAAUAUGCUUUGCUGGGAAACUACAGCUCAGCCAGUGUUCUUUAUCACGGGCUGCUGGAACAGAUCAAAAAAUACAUGUGCACCGUGAGAGACGGCGGCUUCCAGCAGAGAUGGCAGCAGUUGUGGCAAGAAAUUAGUGAAGAGAGUCAACAAGUUCAAGACAUAAUGUCCACUCUGGAGAACUUCCAGCUGGAUGCAGCGCCUGCCAAACCCAGUAACCAUGACGACUGUGAAAUAAGGCCACUUCACGUGGAACAGAGAGAUUGUCCCAUCAGGCGUCCUGCUAAUGCUUAUAAAGAGAGCAAACCACCUAACAACCGUCAGAGUGUGGCUGUGAGGGCCCAGCAGAGACAAUCACCCCGAGGGGCCAACGGGGACAGGAACAAAGUUUCCAAGGGCAAAGAAAAGAAGGAGUCUAAAGAGCCAAAGGAGGCUGGUGGCAAAGUGAAGGAGGAUAAGGAGAAAGAAGUGAAGAAGUUUGAUGGGACGGGUUAUGAUAAAGACCUUGUGGAAGCUCUGGAGAGAGAUAUAAUAUCUCAGAAUCCAAGUGUGAAAUGGGACGACAUUGCAGACUUAGAAGAUGCAAAGAAACUCCUGAAGGAGGCGGUUGUUCUGCCGAUGUGGAUGCCAGCGUUUUUUAAAGGCAUACGGAGACCAUGGAAGGGAGUCCUGAUGGUGGGGCCUCCAGGGACGGGAAAGACACUUUUAGCCAAAGCAGUUGCUACUGAAUGUAGAACCACUUUCUUCAACGUCUCCUCAUCGACUCUCACCUCUAAGUACCGAGGAGAGUCGGAGAAGCUCGUCCGUCUUCUUUUUGAAAUGGCUCGUUUUUAUGCUCCCACCACGAUCUUUAUUGAUGAAAUUGACUCCAUGUGCAGUCGCAGAGGAACUUCAGAGGAGCAUGAAGCCAGCAGGAGGGUGAAGGCGGAGCUGCUAGUGCAGAUGGAUGGUGUGGGUGGAGCUUCAGAGAAUGAUGACCCAUCAAAGAUGGUGAUGGUGCUGGCAGCCACCAACUUCCCGUGGGACAUCGAUGAAGCCCUGAGGAGACGGCUGGAGAAGAGGAUUUAUAUCCCUCUGCCUUCAACCCAGGGGCGGGUGGAGCUGCUCAGGAUCAACCUGAAGGAGCUGGAGCUGGCUGGGGACGUGGACCUGGACAAGAUUGCUGAGCAGAUGGAAGGUUAUUCAGGAGCUGAUAUCACGAACGUGUGCAGAGACGCCUCUCUGAUGGCCAUGAGACGAAGAAUCGAGGGGCUCACCCCAGAGGAGAUCCGCAACAUUUCCCGGGAUGAGAUGCACAUGCCGACCACCAUGGAGGACUUUGAGUCGGCUUUGCGGAAAGUGUCUAAAUCCGUCUCUGCAGCCGAUCUGGAGAAGUAUGAGAAGUGGAUUGAGGAGUUUGGAUCCUGCUGAGAACAGUUCUAGCUGUGUUAAAUGUUUAACUGGUAUGUAGUCUGGGUAAUGAGGAGGCUUUUCAUGGCAGGGUGUCAUGGAGGGAAACUAGUGCAACUGUUUCUGAGUGAUGACUAGUAUCGAGACAGUUUAGGAACAUUUCAGAUUAUUGUAGUUUCAGAAAUAUUUGUGAAAUCAGCUAAAAUCUAAACUCCAACAUGAGGCUCCUGUUUCCUGACUCACCGAAGUGCAUGAUCUUUGUACCGGUCUCUGUCAAUGAGUCUGGACAACCAAUCAAAUGUAGGAAGACUUUUCUGUGAUAUGUUUCUGAUUUUUUCUUUAAUAAAGGCACGAAGAGAAGU